UCAAAAACUCAAAAGAAACUGAAAACAGUUGAAAGCUACAGUCUUCCCCCCAACCACUCCACAGUUCAGUCACUUCAAUCCUCACUCUCAUGCUUUUUCUCAUCCAUUUCCGUUCCUAAAACUUCGCGAUCUUCUCUCCUCCGCGCUCCGCCGCUAUCGCCGCCGUCUCCGUCGCUAUCGCCGCCGUCGCUAUCGCCGCCGUCGCCGUCGUCACAAUGGCUGCGACAACCGCCUUCGUCCUCGUCCUCUUCUUCUUCCUCCAUGUGAGUAUCGCAUUCGCUGCCGCCUCAACGGCAACCGCGGUUCCAGAGGACGACGUGCGGUGCUUAGAAGGCGUCAAGGCCGCGCUCUCCGAUCCGCUCAAUAAGCUCGGUGCGUGGACGUUCUCCAACGACUCCGCGGCUUCAAUCUGCAAGUUCGACGGAGUUUCCUGCUGGAAUCAGAAGGAGAAUAGGUUGAUUUCUAUCCAGCUACCGGCGAUGUCGCUCUCCGGUUCGCUCCCUGCUUCUCUCCAGUUUUGCCGCUCUCUCCAGUCUCUGGAUCUCUCUGGUAACUCACUUUCUGGUUCUAUUCCUUCGCAAAUCUGUGCCUGGCUACCUUACCUUGUCUCCCUUGAUCUCUCUGGUAACUCCUUCUCCGGCGCCAUUCCUCCUGAUCUCGUUAACUGCAAGUUUUUGAAUACUCUCGUUCUCAACAAUAAUCAGCUCUCCGGUGAGAUUCCCUACGAGAUCGGACGCCUGGAGAGACUGAAACGUUUCGCCGUCUCGAACAAUGAUCUCUCCGGGACGAUUCCGGCGGAUUUGGCUAGGUUUUCCAAGGAUGAUUUUGAGGGGAACUACGGGCUUUGUGGAGGCCCGUUGGACUCCAAAUGUAGCCGGCUGAAUAAGAGAAAUCUAUCGGUUAUUGUGGCUGCUGGAGUGUUGGGUGCUGUAGGAUCCCUGAUCCUUGCGCUUGGUAUUUGGUGGUGGUUUUUGACUGGUUCAAGUAAGAAGAAGAAUAAUGUUGGUGAUAUAAUGGUGGCAACAAAUUGUUUUGAUAGUGGAAAUGUGUUGUUAUCUACCAGAACUGGGAUUUCUUAUAUGGCUAUGCUGCUUGAUGGAUCUGCAUUGGCGGUCAAAAGAUUGAGUGGUUGCAAGAUGAACGAGAAGCAGUUUAGGCCGGAAAUGAAUCGUUUAGGGCAGCUUAGGCACCCCAAUUUGGUACCUUUAUUGGGUUAUUGUUUGGUUGAGAAUGAGAAGCUUUUGGUGUAUAAGCAUAUGCCUAAUGGUAGCUUAUAUUCGGCUUUGCACGGGAGCCUUUGUACUGGUGUUAGGAACAAUAGAUAUGAGCUCGGUUGGCAAUCUAGGCUUAGGAUUGCUGUUGGUGCAGCAAGAGGGCUUGCUUGGCUGCAUCAUGGCUGCCAACCGCCCUAUUUGCAUCAAUACAUUAGCUCGAAUGUGAUUCUAGUGGACGAUGAUCUUGAUGCUAGGAUAACUGAUUUUGGCCUUGCCAGGCUCGUUAAAUCAGCUGACUCCAAUGAUGGUUCUUUUGUCAAUGGCGGUCUUGGGGAAUUCGGGUAUGUUGCUCCCGAAUACUCGAGCACUCUGCUUACAUCGACAAAAGGAGAUGUCUAUAGUUUUGGGGUUGUGCUGUUGGAGCUGGUGAGUGGGCAGAAGCCGCUUGGAGCAGGCAAUGCACAGGAGGGGUUCAAGGGGAGCCUAGUGGAUUGGGUUAGUCAUCUCUUAGCCUCGGGCCGAAGUAGGGAUGCCAUAGACAAACGCCUUGCUGGGGGAGGACAGGACGAUGAAAUCAUGCAGGUUUUGAGGAUUGCUUGCUCCUGUGUAGUUCCAAGACCAAAGGAUAGGCCUUCCAUGUACACUGUUUACCAGUCCUUGAAGACCAUGGCUGACAAACAUGGUCUCUCUGAAAACUUUGAUCAUGAGUUUCCAAUGAACUUUGGAAAACAAGAUGACAAUCCAAAGGACUAGAUUUGCUCCUGCAACCACAGAUUAAGCACCAUCAUAUUGUCUCUUAUCAGAUGAACCUCAACUAUUAUGAUGCCAUGUUACAAAAACCUUUCUACUGCAAGAGGUAAUUAUCCUUUCUAUUGCCCAUCAAAUUGUUGACUAUGUAUACUAGAACAUCAAAAGCUCAAUGGCAUCUUGGCAUCUGGUUUCUUGACAGAAAUCUUGCCAUUUGCCAACAGUGCAAAAAAAAAAACAGCUUGUUGUAUUCAUCUUGAUGGCUUUGAGAUAAUUCAUUAUUCACUUCAUGUUAAAA